CAACCUUAACAAACUACAAGUUAUGCAAAACGCUUACACACGGAAGGCAAUGAACCACCUUAACAGCACCCCCAUUCACGUAAUGCUAACGGAAGCAGGGCAACUGCCGAUCGAACAACGCAUCGAAGCCCUGACCAAAAGAGAACUCAUCAGAACCAUGUGGUACCAAACUCCACUAGUGGAAUUCAUAAGUAAAACUUUAGACAGAGAAAUUGGAAACGAAUCAUAUCUGACAGAAACAGCAGACAAACACGCAGACUUGUUAUAUCAAAUCCACCCAUCUGACCGAGAAAUACCCUAUUUCAAAAGAAUGCGUUACUUUGAGCGAGUGGAGUUUGAUAGGAUCAUCAGGACAAAACUAUCGGAAGACCAACCAAAGAAGAAUCAUGGAAAUACAGCACUGUGGCAAGCGCUUUUCCGAGAAAAAAUGCAGUCAACAUACCAGCAACACAACAAAAUCUAUACCGAUGCAUCCAAAACAGCUACGGGUACUGCAUUUGCAGUCUUCGACGAAACCGACGGAACAGUAAUCAGUGAAGGUAUUAACAAGAAUUUCACCAUCACGAAUGCCGAGCUACUAGGGAUCCUUAAAGCAGUGGAGUUGAUAAAGGAAAAAGGCUACAAAAAGGCAGUGAUCCUCACGGACUCUAGAAGUGCAUGUGACAUGCUACUCAACCAGCAAACAUUGGAAGAAAACUACAUCGCAGCAGAAAUCUACAAAGAAUUCUAUGGCACCCGUGGCAACACAAUUCGAAUCCAAUGGGUCCCAAGUCACAACGGAAUAAACGGAAACGAAAUAGCCGACGCAGAGGCCGUAGCCAAAUCAAGAGAACCCCAAACCUAUUUCAACGGAAUAACGAUGAACGAUGCCCUGAUAGUAAGCAAAGAUGAAGUAUGGGAAGAAUGGACUAGGAAGUACAAGACACUUUCGGAAGAGAAAGGAAGCUGGCACUAUCAACUUCUCGAACAACCCACCAAAACCAUAUGGAACAAAAACCUUGCACUCAACCCAGAACAACUAAAAACCCUAAACAGAAUUAGAACCGGCCACUGCCUAACUAAAGACAAAAGAUUUAAGUGGGGGUGGGAGAUUGAUGAUCAGUGUGAAUGGUGCGACACCACGGAAGACCUACAACACAUUCUGUACGUGUGCCCAAAGUACAACCAUAGCAGAGUAGACUACCCAGCGUUGGAAUACAUGAAGCCCCUCCAAGAUAUUCUACGGGAAAAAAAUGAAGAAGAUCUGAAACAGAUUGUACAGUUUCUAAACUCCAACAAGAUACACAUCUGA